GACAUGCGCAGUGAGUGCCUCCCGUCUCUUCUACCCGAACCCCCCCUCCCCCCCCAAGCAGAGAGACCCCAGCAGCAGCAGCAGCUGAUGAUGAAGAGAGAGGCAGUGGCAGAGGGGGGGCACCUUUUAUUUCUAUUUUUAAAGGGACAGGACACUAAUUUUACCCCACUUCAACCUUGAAUUGAGGGGGGUGGGGGGAAGGCGGCUGAGUUCCUUCCCCCACCCUCCAGCCCUGAGACCUGAGAGGGGGAUUGAGCUUGAGAAAGAAGGAGAAGGAGUUUCUUCUUCUUCCAAACCCCCCCAUCCACGACUCCUACCCCCUCCACUAGCCUCCCUCCCGAGCCCUCUCCAUCCUCCUCCUCUUUGGCCGUGAGAGGAGAGAAAGAGACCAAAAGCCUCUUAGCAACACAGACCCUUCUCUGCUGCUGCUGCUGCUGCUGUUGCUGUUGCUGCUGCUGUUGCUGCUGCUGCUGCUGCUGCUACUGCUGCUUGGCCCUGGCUGGAGACAUCUCACUACACCCAGGAGCAGCCACUUCCCCAGCUCUCCUCCUCCUUCGCCUCCUCCUCCUCCUCCACUCCCCCCCUCUUUAUUACCCUUUGUGUCAUCCUCCACAGCUCCAGGGAAGGCACUCAAAAGUGGGGGGCAGGAAAGAUGCUUAUUGAGGAUAUCAUUUUCUGUGUGUGGGAAUUAGAUACUGAAGGUUACAUGGUUUACAGACAAGAUCUUUAAAAAGAGACGUUCAAGGCCUCUGCCACCAGUGUCCUUGCCCUCACAGUGAGUGCCAACUGACCUCCAACUCCCAAGAGACCUUCCAAGAUCCACGGUUGUAAUGGAUGUAAGCUUACCUUUCAAGACUCUAAAUGUUCUUAAUUUCAAAACACAUCUGACUCCCAAAAGUUUUGGAUGAAAGUGUUGUGUAUACUUUCUGGAAAUUAAGAAAAAAGGAGAAUUUGGACCAAGGAAAUAAAUACCAGAAACCAAGAGCACAGAGUAUUUUCCUUCAUCAAUCCAUAGACUCUUCUCUAGUUUAAUCAAAUACAAAAGAAUGACCACCUUGGCAAAUGGCCACAGAGGAUGUCAACAAUUUUUUGGAGAGAGAAGAGGUACUCCUUUAUAGGGACUCAUAAAGGCAUAGAGCAUCCAGAGAUUUACUGCCUCCACUACACUGCUGGGUCUCACAGCACGUGUUAUGUUUUCAUCUGUUUCUCUCCAGAAGAGGUUGGAAACGCAAGUGCCUACAGAGGCCAGGCUGGUGGGAAUGAAGCAGGAAGCCACUGCAGUGAACUGGAGAACCAAGUCCUUUGUGAGGGAGCAGCCACUGCUCCGUUCCAGAUAAUUGUUGCAAGGCAGGAAUGUUGACCUAGUGUUACCACAUUGUCCAGUUUCUCAGGCUACAUUAUUGGAAUUUUGAAGACAUGAAAACAUCAGGUGAACCAACCUACAACAUCUUGGAUUCAGAUUGGAAGAUGAAGAGAAAGUUUAAAGAAUGUGGUCUAUAAAGGCGGGUAGUACCUGGAAAUAUUAACUGACUCACACUGUAAAAAUGAGACCAGUUUCUAAACAUUAGAAGUUAGUCCAACAUCAAGGUUCAAGACAAAAUGUUGAACUAAAAACUUACACUCCUCUCCUCCCCCACUUCAGACAGGUACCAGCAUUGGUGAACAUGAUGUUCUUUAGUCAGAAGCACUUGUUUUUACCCAUGUAGACCAUGCUCAAGAAUUAAACAUCGGUCAUUUAAUGUAGAUUAUAAUGGGAAACUGAUUUUUUCUAAAAUGGCAGAUUUCAAGGACUUGGUUCCAAACUGAGCCGAAGCUUCCCAAUGCAUUUUGUGCAGUCUGGGGAAAACUGUGCUGCAUUGGCCAUUUUUGAAGGCCAUGAUGCCCUGUAAGAUAAGGAUAUCAUCUUAUUGCUGAUAUCUUUGGGGAGUCCCAAGCAGACACAGAAAAUGAAUGGAGGCAAGGAGUGUGACGGAGGGGACAAGGAUGGAGGUCUUCCAGCUAUACAAGUUCCUGUGGGUUGGCAGCGACGUGUGGAUCAAAAUGGAGUGCUUUAUGUCAGUCCCAGUGGGUCUUUGUUAUCUUGCUUGGAGCAGGUUAAAACAUACCUGCUUACUGACGGAACAUGCAAGUGUGGCUUGGAAUGUCCUCUUAUUCUUCCCAAGGUGUUUAAUUUUGAUCCUGGAGCUGCUGUGAAACAGAGAACUGCAGAAGAUGUUAAAGCAGAUGAAGAUGUCACAAAGCUAUGCAUACAUAAAAGAAAAAUCAUUGCAGUGGCCACACUUCAUAAAAGCAUGGAAGCCCCACAUCCUUCUCUGGUGCUCACCAGUCCCGGAGGAGGAACAAAUGCAACUCCAGUAGUACCUUCACGGGCCGCAACUCCAAGAUCUGCAAGAAAUAAAUCUCAUGAAGGAAUUACAAAUUCUGUAAUGCCUGAAUGUAAGAAUCCUUUCAAGUUAAUGAUUGGAUCAUCAAAUGCCAUGGGAAGGCUAUAUGUACAAGAACUGCCUGGAAGCCAGCAACAAGAACUCCACCCUGUCUACCCCCGGCAAAGAUUGGGCAGCAGCGAACACGGACAGAAAUCUCCAUUCCGUGGCAGCCAUGGAGGCCUGCCCAGCCCAGCAUCAUCAGGUUCCCAGAUAUAUGGAGAUGGCUCAAUCUCUCCAAGGACUGACCCACUUGGAAGCCCUGAUGUUUUCACAAGAAGUAAUCCUGGUUUUCAUGGAGCUCCCAAUUCCAGUCCUAUUCACCUGAAUAGGACUCCUCUUUCUCCACCUUCAGUAAUGCUACAUGGUUCUCCUAUACAGUCAUCUUGUGCAAUGGCUGGAAGGACUAAUAUACCUCUUUCCCCAACCUUGACUACAAAGAGUCCAGUAAUGAAAAAACCAAUGUGUAAUUUUUCAACUAAUAUGGAAAUACCACGAGCAAUGUUUCACCACAAACCACCCCAAGGCCCACCUCCCCCUCCUCCACCUUCUUGUGCUCUUCAGAAAAAGCCAUUAACAUCCGAAAAAGAUCCACUUGGCAUUCUUGACCCUAUUCCUAGUAAACCGGUGAAUCAGAACCCUGUUAUCAUUAAUCCAACUAGUUUCCAUUCAAAUGUCCACUCUCAGGUACCUGUGAUGAAUGUAAGCAUGCCUCCUGCUGUUGUUCCUUUGCCAAGUAAUCUCCCUUUGCCAACUGUAAAACCUGGUCACAUGAAUCAUGGGAGUCAUGUACAGAGAGUUCAGCAUUCAGCUUCAACCUCCCUGUCCCCUUCUCCAGUGACAUCCCCAGUGCACAUGAUGGGGACUGGAAUUGGAAGGAUUGAGGCAUCGCCCCAAAGAUCACGCUCAUCUUCCACAUCAUCAGAUCACGGAAAUUUCAUGAUGCCACCUCUAGGACCCCAGGCCACUUGUAGUGGUAUUAAGGUUCCACCCAGGUCACCAAGGUCAACGAUAGGGUCCCCAAGGCCAUCAAUGCCAUCAAGCCCUUCUACCAAGUCCGAUGGACAUCAUCAGUACAAGGAUAUCCCUAACCCAUUAAUUGCUGGAAUGAGUAAUGUACUAAAUACCCCAAGCAGUGCAGCUUUUCCUACUGCAUCUGCCGGAAGUGGUUCUGUAAAGAGUCAGCCUGGUUUGCUGGGAAUGCCUUUAAAUCAGAUCUUGAACCAGCACAAUGCUGCCUCCUUUCCAGCAAGUAGUUUACUCUCAGCAGCAGCCAAAGCACAGCUAGCAAAUCAAAACAAACUUGCUGGUAACAACAGUAGCAGCAGUAGCAAUUCUGGAGCUGUUGCUGGCAGUGGCAACACUGAAGGACAUAGCACUUUAAACACCAUGUUCCCUCCUACUGCCAACAUGCUUCUCCCAACAGGUGAAGGGCAAAGUGGUCGAGCAGCACUAAGAGAUAAGCUGAUGUCUCAGCAAAAAGACUCAUUGCGAAAAAGAAAACAGCCACCUACCACAGUGUUGAGUUUGCUCAGACAGUCUCAAAUGGAUAGUUCUGCAGUUCCUAAACCUGGACCCGACUUGCUAAGGAAGCAGGGUCAGGGAUCGUUUCCCAUCAGUUCCAUGUCUCAGUUACUACAGUCUAUGAGUUGUCAAAGCUCUCACUUGAGUAGCAAUAGUACCCCGGGUUGUGGGGGCUCAAAUACUGCUUUGCCUUGCUCUGCUAACCAGCUGCAUUUUACAGAUCCCAGUAUGAACUCCACUGUUCUUCAGAAUUCACUGACACAGAACAUACCUUUAAGAGGGGAAGCCGUGCACUGCCACAAUGCAAACACUAACUUUGUUCACAGUAACAGUCCAGUCCCAAACCACCAUCUUGCAGGUUUAAUCAAUCAGAUUCAGGCUAGCGGGAACUGUGGGAUGCUCAGUCAGUCGGGCAUGGCUUUAGGAAAUUCAUUACAUCCCAAUCCACCUCAGUCAAGAAUUUCAACGUCCUCCACUCCAGUGAUACCAAACAGCAUUGUUAGCAGCUAUAAUCAAACAAGUUCUGAAGCAGGCUGUUCAGGACCAUCAUCCUCCAUAGCCAUAGCUGGCACCAACCACCCCGCCAUCACAAAGACAACAUCUGUUCUUCAAGAUGGCGUCAUAGUCACCACCGCAGCCGGAAACCCACUGCAGAGUCAGCUGCCAAUUGGGAGUGAUUUUCCAUUUGUUGGCCAGGAGCACGCACUUCAUUUUCCAUCCAACAGCACUUCAAACAACCAUCUUCCACACCCCUUGAACCCCAGCCUCCUCAGUUCUCUACCUAUCUCUUUGCCAGUGAAUCAACAGCAUCUCCUAAACCAGAAUCUAUUAAAUAUCCUCCAGCCUUCAGCAGGAGAAGGCAAGUCUGAGAUCAACCUCCACCCUUUAGGUUUUCUCAACCCGAAUGUAAACGCUGCUUUAGCUUUUCUCUCCAGUGACAUGGAUGGGCAGGUCUUGCAGCCUGUUCACUUUCAACUCUUAGCAGCCCUGCUUCAGAACCAAGCCCACGCAGCUGCCAUGCUUCCCCUGCCAUGUUUCAAUCUGACCAUCUCAGAUCUUUUGCAACAGCAAAACACCCCUUUACCCUCAUUAACACAGAUGACAGCCCCACCAGACCAUUUGCCAAGCAAUCAGUCAGAGAACAGCCAAGCUGAGACCCUUUUAACCAGCCCCCUGGGGAACCCUUUACCAAGCUUUGCAGGCAGUGACACUACUUUUAACCCCCUGUUACUCCCAGCUGUCACUGGGGCCUCAGGAUUAAUGACCUUGAAUCCCCAGCUGUUGGGAGGUGUCCUGAACUCGGCAUCGGCCAACACCGCUAAUCAUCCAGAGGUUUCCAUAGCAACUUCUUCCCAGGCAACCACUACCACAACCACUACAUCAUCAGCAGUGGCAGCACUGACUGUCUCAACACUUGGUGGGACAGCAGUGGUGUCAAUGGCAGAAACAUUGCUGAAUGUAUCUAAUAAUGCUGGGAAUACAUCUGGUCCAGCUAAACUCAACAGUAACUCUGUGGUGCCACAGCUACUUAACCCUCUACUGGGGACAGGUCUGCUUGGUGACAUGUCCUCAAUAAACAAUACUUUGAAUAACCAUCAACUGACUCAUCUACAGUCGCUGUUAAACAACAAUCAGAUGUUUCCUCCAAAUCAGCAGCAGCAGCAACUUCUUCAGGGGUACCAGAAUCUUCAGGCAUUUCAAGGACAGUCCACAAUUCCUUGCCCAGCUAACAAUAACCCCAUGGCUUGUCUGUUUCAGAACUUUCAGGUGAGAAUGCAGGAAGAUGCAGCUCUCCUAAACAAAAGAAUAAGCACUCAGCCGGGGCUCACAGCACUUCCCGAAAAUCCAAACACUACACUUCCACCUUUCCAAGAUACAUCUUGUGAGUUGCAAUCUCGGAUUGACCCAUCUCUCAGUCAGCAGGUGAAGGAUGGUCUUGUUGUGGGUGGCCAAGGUGAUGCUUCUGUAGAUGCUAUUUACAAAGCCGUUGUUGAUGCAGCCAGCAAAGGAAUGCAGGUUGUCAUCACCACUGCAGUCAACAGUACAACUCAGAUCAGCCCCAUUCCAGCUCUGAGUGCCAUGAGUGCCUUCACUGCUUCAAUUGGUGACCCCUUAAGUCUCCCCAGUGCUGUCAGUGCGGUCAUUCAUGGACGAAACAUGAGCAGUGUUGAUCAUGAUGGGAGGCUGAGGAAUGCAAGAGGGGCUCGGCUGCCCAGCAAUCUGGACCAUGGGAAAAACUCAAAUGAAGGAGAUGGGUUUGAAUAUUUCAAGUCAACAAGUUGCCACACAUCUAAAAAACAAUGGGAUGGGGAGCAAAGCCCUGGAGGGGAACGAAACAGGUGGAAGUGUGAGGAAUUUUUAGAUCAUCCAGGCCAUAUCCACAAUAGUCCUUGUCAUGAAAGGCCCAACAAUGUCUCUACACUGCCAUUUCUGCCUGGGGAACAGCACCCAAUACUGUUACCACCAAGAAACUGUCAAGGGGAUAAAAUUCUGGAGGAAAAUUUCAGGUAUAAUAACUACAAAAGAACUAUGAUGAGUUUUAAGGAGAGACUAGAGAACACUGUGGAAAGAUGUGCACACAUUAAUGGAAACAGACCUCGACAGAGUCGGGGCUUUGGAGAGCUGCUGAGCACCACAAAGCAAGACCUGGUCCUAGAGGAACAAUCUCCGAGCUCCUCAAAUAGCUUGGAAAGUUCUCUGGUCAAAGACUACAUCCAUUACAAUGGAGACUUUAAUGCCAAAAGCAUUAAUGGGUGUGUACCUAGCCCUUCAGAUGCUAAAAGCAUCAGUAGUGAAGAUGACCUAAGGAAUCCAGACUCCCCCUCUUCAAAUGAGUUGAUACAUUAUAGGCCAAGGACGUUCAACGUUGGCGACUUGGUCUGGGGCCAAAUCAAAGGACUGACUUCCUGGCCUGGAAAAUUAGUAAGAGAAGACGACGUUCACAGUUCUUGUCAACAAAGCCCCGAGGAAGGGAAGGUCUGGGUAAUGUGGUUUGGUGUUCAUGCCUUCACUCAGGUGGAGCCGGAGAAGUUGAAGACACUAACAGAAGGUUUAGAAGCCUACAGCCGAGCCCGGAAAAGGAACAGAAAAAGUGGAAAGCUAAAUAACCAUUUAGAAGCUGCUAUUCAUGAGGCCAUGAGUGAACUGGACAAAAUGUCUGGGACUGUUCACCAAAUCCCACAGGGAGACAGACAAAUGAGACCCCCCAAACCCAAGAGGAGGAAGAUCUCCAGAUAACAGGGACUACUCCACCCAUGUGCAGUGUUUAUUAAAGGAGUGUGCACAGAUAGAACUGUAUAUAAGUAUUGAUACAGCCUCUGUUAUAUCAAUAUUUAUAUGAUGGCAGACAGUUACCACCACCACAGGGUGCUAAAAGAAACAGUGAUACAGUAUUUUUUUGAUCAGGAAGGAUAAAGAAUGCUUGAGAACCAAUCAGAAUCCCCUGAAUGAUGAAAGUGAUAAAUGGUCAAGAGAUUACUGAGAAACUCUUUUUUUCUACAGUGCUAAAAUUGUGAUUAUAAGAAAUAGUCCAAAUGUUUCUGAAGAAUUUUCAAUGUUGUAUAUAGAAAAUACAGAAUUUCAUGGUGAUAUCAGAAAUGUAAAUAUUGUACAAUAUUGUCAUGUACAAGCGUACCUAAUGCACACUUUAUCUUUUAUUGUACAAAGAAAUAGUGUACAAAAUUCUUUGGUUUCUAUGGAGUACACCUACCAGAGACUACAAGUGUAAAGUGAUAAAUAAAAAUACAACCUAAA